UUGACGCUCGUUGAGUCUCUCUUUGCAGAACUCUCUCUUCUCGCUGGAAACCGCACGGGUGGCAAAGCACAAAGUUUAGUUCGGGCUGCGCUCUCUUCUGGAAAGUCGUGCGUUUAUUGCGUCGUCCUGGAAAAAAGGGAAGUUCAACGUAGCAUUAUCGAUUUGCCUUUGCAUGUGCUCGAGAUGGUGUUCCAGUUGCUUAAUCACAGCGACAAAUUGCAUUUGGCCCAAUCUGAUCGUGUGCUUGCCGAGGCAUAUGCCUCUCACACUCGACGUAUAUACAAACGAAUGCAUUUAUCGUACGAAAACGAACGUCGUAUCCCAUGGGCAGACGUUUUGGCCAUAUGUGGCGCCAGUGUGGUCGAAAUAGUCAACAGGCAUGCUCUGGCCGAUUAUCAACUGAAAAUCAUAGAGCUGCAUUGUCCCAAUCUUCAAGUCGUGAACUUUGAGAUAAAGGAUGCAAAUUGCGCUGGCCUCAAGUCGCUGCUUGAAAGCCUCAAAGAGCAGACAACCGUUAGGCUGCGGAUUGGCGUCAGAGCCACACCAAAAUCUACAACAUGUUGUAGAAAUGCUCAGGGGCUGCAAGAAGCUCCGUUUCCUUGUCAUAGAGCUCAAAAAUUUGCAGAUCACUAAGGAACUUCUAGCCACCAUAACGGGCAUUUUGAAGGAAAAUGGUGUGACACCGGACAAGCCUUUGCAGUUCAAAGUGAACGUCCAGAAGAAAGUGAAGAAUGUCAAGCUCAAACAUCUGAUGGCUGAGACCCCAAAUGCAGUUAAUCAAAUUAACAAUUAAUAACUAAAAACUAAUUAUUUUCCAC